UGCAAAAAUAUGAAACAAGAAAACUCUGAAGAUGAUGAUUUGUUUGGUAACUUAUCAGAUGAAAUCCUUUGCCGAAUAGUUUCUUUCCUUCCAAGCGAAACUGCACUCGAAACCAGCCUCAUCUCGAAAAGAUGGAGAGGCCUGUGGAACUCAGCUUCAGUUCAGCAAUCAACAGCAGCUGGCAUAGACACUGCUGUCACUGAAUUCGUAGCUCGUUUCGACAGACUCAAUCCCUUGAGCCAUCCUAGGCGGCUGCAGCUACACUAUGGCGAAAGCAAAGUACUCUUAGCUACACUUGCAGCCAACAACAGACUCAGAGUUGAUUUUUCAGCCAAGGAGAAAGACUUUCCAAGGUACUUUGAUUGGAAGUUGCAGCUAGAUAAUCACCAAAAGGCUGCUCAGAGUCUUUGUUGCUCCACCACUUUCUGUGUCAAGACUCUAUAUCUUGAAUCAGUUGGCUUUGUCACCAAUGAGGUUGUUUCUUCCAUGGCCUCUAAAUUCCACUUCCUUCAGAGCUUGAAAAUCACCAAGUGCAGUGGCUUGAGAUCUCUCCAAAUUGAGUCUAGUCCAAAGCUUGUGAGCUUGACCAUUUUGGACUGUCCUCAUCUGCAGUUUCUUCAUCUUAAAACUUCCAAACUUCGAUCGUUUCAAUACCGAGGGAAACUCCCUAGGAUUUGGCUUGAAAAUCAUUUUAAUUUGGCUGAUGCCAUGUUUGAUUUCAGACAAGGUCCUAGUACAGAAAAUCUCAUGAGUAGUAGUAGUAGUAGUGACUUUGACCCUGCCUUGUUAACAAUAAAAAAUGCUCAAGUUGUUACUCUUUGUAGGUGGACUUUUGAGACCUUGAUAUGGCCCUCACUUUCUCCCAUGGAAGAGACUUUUCAAUUCUACAAACUACAAGAACUUUGGUGGAUCGAUUACUCAGAGGAACAUUACAACACAGAUUCCUUAAUAGACUUUCUAAAACUUUGUCCUGCCUUGGAGAGACUAUUUGUAACUGUUGAUCUUCAAAGCUAUAUGGUGCCAAGAAUGAGUACUACAAUAAUGUCAAAGAAAUCUACCAGAAAAACACAACUUGGUCAACUCAAAGUGGUCAAACUUGAGGGUUUUACGAAGCGAGAGGAUGAGAUUAGAUUGAUUGAGAAUAUAAAAGAGAUAGUCACAGUAGUAAAGUCACUUAUUAUAAUAGCAUCAUCAUCAGAAGAAGAAGAGAGUUUGGACGAUAAGCUUUUUACUCCUAAACAUAAGCCUCAUGAAUGUCGUUUGUAACGAUUUUUGUCGUUUAUCCAGAUUCGUGUCUUUUUACGGUGUUUUGUCGUUUGGACGAUUAUUGUCGUUUGUCACGCUUGAUGUCGUUUUCAGAUAGUUUUCGUUCUGUUGUGUUGUGUGGGUAUUAGUCUUGCCUUAAUUAUACAAGACCAAGUUUCC